CAAUAAUUUGACUUUUUCUCAAAAGGAGACAUGGUCGAUUAAACAUUAAUACGACAUCAAGCCAAAAAAAGAAAAGAAAAGAAAAGAAAAGCUUAAUAUUUUUUUAAUAACAUUCAACAUUUUUUCCCAAUAGGAAUGGAUUCGCCCAUCACUUCCAUUGACUUUCAAAGUAACUGGACAAACACCACGGCACAGAAUGAAACCGAUAUAUACUGGAACCAGUUUGUGCAACCAGUUUGGAGAAUAGUGCUCUGGGCAGUGGCUUACAGCACAAUUGUCAUCGUCUCCGUUGUGGGCAAUAUCACGGUGAUAUGGAUCAUUUUGGCGCACAAACGCAUGAGAACCGUCACGAACUAUUUCCUCGUCAACUUGGCGUUCGCUGAAGCGUCAAUGUCCGCAUUCAACACCGUUAUAAACUUUGUCUACUCCGUGCACAAUGAGUGGUAUUUCGGACUCUAUUACUGCCGAUUCCACAAUUUCUUCCCCAUAGCCGCCGUCUUCGCUUCUAUAUACUCAAUGACCGCGAUUGCGCUCGACAGAUAUAUGGCCAUCAUUCAUCCCCUGCAGCAGAGGAUGUCUGCAACUCAGACGAAGGUGGUCAUCGGGGUCAUGUGGGUGCUGGCUCUCCUGCUGGCCUUCCCCCAAUACUAUUAUUCCAACACGGACCAGCUGCCUGGCAGGGUGGUCUGCUACAUCGACUGGCCUGAGUACACUGUCCUGGACUUCAAAACGAUGUAUUUUGUGUGUGUGGCGGUGCUGAUUUACUUCCUCCCCCUCCUGGUGAUGGGCUGUGCUUACCUGGUGAUGGGUUUGACUCUGUGGGCCAGUGAGAUCCCAGGAGAUUCAUCUGACCGUUACCAAGAGCAGCUGACCGCCAAACGCAAGGUGGUGAAGAUGAUGAUUGUGGUGGUAUGUACAUUCGCUCUUUGUUGGCUCCCCUAUCACGUCUAUUUCCUGAUUCACCAGUUCUACCCGCACCUGUUUGAGCAACCCUUCAUUCAGCAGGUCUAUCUGACUAUCAUGUGGCUGGCAAUGAGUUCCACUAUGUACAACCCCAUUAUCUACUGCUGCCUUAAUGACAGGUUCCGUGCGGGAUUUAAGCAAGCAUUCCGCUGCUGUCCAUGUGUCCCUGAGGGAUCCUACGAGGGUCUAGAGCUCAAGUCCACCCGGUACAUUCAAACCCAGACCAGUUUGUACAGGGCCAGUCGAAUGGAGACCACUGUGUCCUGCGUGAUGCAGCCAUGUGAAGAUGGCCAAAAGGUCACGUUUGGGAGCAUCAGAGGGGCCGCAGGGAGACCGGCAGUUCACAGCCCCUCCAGGGAGUUCGCCUCCAAUGGCUCGUCCUCUCGCAGCAUCUCCAAAACCAUGUCAGAGACUUCCAGUUUUUACUCCAGUAAUAACCUACAAGAAUGAGAGUGCAGAAGCAUGAGUCAAGGAGAUCGAAUGCCACUACGUUUGCGGAGAUGUAAUCGUUUGAAGAAUCCUCAUCUCCCCCUCCCAAGUGUGUAAAACCUGAGGAUUCCCUUGAGUGUGUGCAGAUGUGUGUUUUAGUUGGAUGAGUACACACACGCUAAGAGUUUUUAAUUUCAAAUGAUCCUUCAGUGUUUAAUUCGUGUACCAUUCAAUUCAUGAGGUUUAUAAUUAUGAUUAGAGGAACAUUUACAUUGAUUUUUUGGGAAAGGUUUUCUUACCAUAGUGAUGUAAAUGACAUAUUGCAUUGUGCUGACUUAAAUGAGAGCCUGAUUGAUUAAUCCUGCAAUCACUGAAGACAUUUUAAAAGUUUAUAUUAAUGGACAUGUGAUGCAGUGGAACAGUCAGUCAGAAUACUGUAAAUAUUGAAUAUGACCGCUUAUACUGGUCUCUCAUCUGGCUAACAACAAUCCGACUAUAAUAGGAAAAGGAAUAAGUUAAGAAAUAUCAAUAAAAGUACCCCUCUUAUUCCCUUGAGUCUCUAACAAUAGCUCACUUGGCUUAAAUGAUACCUGAGCACAUGUAAUUUCUUCAGUGCUUUAUCUGCAGGUGGGAGAUUACUGCAGACUUCACAGCAUAGUUUCUCUGUAAACACAAUCUGCCUUCAAAAUCUCUAAACUGGCUGAGACUAAACAAAAACACAAAGGGCAGAGAUUAUACUAUUGCAAAUGCCUCGGUGUCUUCACGGUCAGUUAGAGCCACGAUCUGGCCUGUGAAAUUAAAAUGAACAAUGUCAGUUGCCAAUAUCAACACCUUGUAGCUACACAGGCAAAUGUAAAGAUCGUUAUUAAAUGACUUUUCAAGGCAUGCCUGGAAACACAAAUGCAUGGUGGUGAAAGCUUUGAAUGCCUGUCCUGAUUUUGUGUGUCCUGUCCUGAUGAAUAGCUGUGGGGGAAAAAAUGUGAUGUGCAGAGAAUUUUGUACUAGUUUUCUUUUGACUUCUUUUUUUCUCUCCCUGUCUGCUUACCUUCAUUUUCUUUUUAUCAUGUUUUUUUUUUCAUAAUUGACCCCUUCACUAAGCCCCGCCCUACAGGUACCAGUUGUGAUUUUGGUGUCCCACUUCGAGCUGCACCUCUACAGUGUGUAGCCUAUAUGUCUCUGGAUGGACAACAGUUGCUGAGAAUGGUCAGUAGGCGGGGCUUAGCCAAGUGUCAAUUCUGUAGUUAUUCUGUUGUACAAUCAUUCACUCGCGCACACACUGGACCCCUCACACUGGACAAGGCCAGAGUAAAAUUAGCACUUCAGGCACCUCCCUUGAUACAGUCACGGCAAUAUGAUACUGAGGUACACAGGAUUAUGGGACAAAAGGGGAGGAUGAGAGACGGUGGGUUGAAGUGACCACCUGCUGCUGUUCUUGACUGGGAUUGUGGCAGUGGUGUCCGUUUUCCAAAACGGAGGCCCAUGCUACUGGUAUGUUUGUGGGUCUGAGCUUUCAUUGGUCACACAGUGGCAGCAGGCUUGUUAUGGUGCAAUAUGUUCAGAAUAUUUCGGACGGUAAAUGACUGUGAUCUGAAAGUGCCUGACUGUUUGGCACGAGCAGACAACUCAUUCCAGGAGUAAAUGAACCACACUACUCUGUUCCUGAUCUUUUUUAGAAAUUCUGAACUCUAUGUGAUGCUUAUGCUGAAUUGCA